AUGAAAACUGUUUUUGUAUCUUCUCCUGGAAAAGUAAUUCUUUUUGGGGAACAUGCUGUUGUUUAUGGAAAAGCUGCAAUUGCUGCCUCUGUCUCUUUGAAAUCUUAUUUAAUGAUAUUUUCUGAUGAAUCAGAAGAAUCUAUCGUACGUAUUGAGUUCCCUGAUAUUGAUUUGAAGAAAUCAUGGAAGCAAGAUAAUUUUCCUUGGAAAGACUUUUCUUUAAAUGACCCACUUUUACCUCCUCCAAGAAUUGAUGAAGUACAUAUAUCUUUUUUAACUUAUUUUUCUAAGGAUGAACCGUUGUUGUAUUCUAAAAUAAUUCAGGCAUUUUUGUAUUUGUAUUUGAGUUUAUCACGAUAUGAUAAAAAAAAAUCUGUUGCAUUUAUUUUAAGAUCAGCAAUACCUAUAGGUUCUGGUCUUGGAUCUAGUGCAUCAAUAUCAGUUUGUUUAGCUGCUGGUUUGCUUUUGUUUAAUGAUCACAUUACCCCACCGAAUGGUACAUUAUUGGAUAAAAGGUCUUUAUCUAUAAUUAAUUCAUGGGCAUUCAACGGUGAAAUGUGUAUUCAUGGAAAUCCAAGUGGUAUUGAUAAUACAGUUUCAAGUGAAGGUGGUAUUGUUUUUUUUCGAAAGACAAAUUCUGAUCCUCCAUUUAUUUUUGAAAUAUUUCAUGAUUUCCCUGCAUUACCUUUGUUGUUAGUUAAUACUUUGCAGCUUCGGUCAACAUCUACUUUAGUUAAUAGUGUUAAAAAUCUUUAUCAAAAUUAUAAAGAUAUUAUAUCACCUAUCUUUGACUCUAUAGAUCAUAUCUCUAUGAAUUUUAAAAUUUUAUAUGAGAAAAGUCGAAAAUCUGAGCAUUGCUAUUUAGAUCGCCUACAAGUUGGCACUUUAAUGCGUAUUAAUCAUGAUCUUUUAUGUGCUCUUGGUGUAGGUCAUCAAAAAUUUGAUGAAAUCAUUAAAAUAGCAAAUGAUUAUAAUAUUGGAUGGACUAAAUUAACAGGUGCAGGUGGUGGAGGAUGUGUUAUAAUACUUUUGCGAGAAGAAUUAAAUGCCGAGAUCAUUCAUGAAUUUGAGCUUCAGUUAGUAUCUAAUGGAUUUGAAGUAUAUAAAGUCUCGCUUGGUGAUAAAGGUCUAGGAAUGCUAAAUAAUUGUGAUGAUGAUUUUUAUAAAAAAUUUAUAAAUAUUAGAAAUAAAGAACAGUUUGAGGAUUUUUUAGAAUUUGAAAAAACAAAAUAUUGGAAAUAUUGGACAUAG